AUGAGGCUUUCAAUCUCUCGACUCCAGGUCGCUGUCACUGCAUUCAUAGCCAUUGCUAGUGCAACAACUGAACUGGAAGACAAUCCUCUGGCUACUUUAGAUCAACGCGAUUUAGAUGCCCUUGCGAUUCAGAUCAACCAAGACAACAGCUUUGUCGUCCUUAAAGCUGAAGCGAAAGCUGCUUACCAAACGGCGCAUGGACUUCUCAUCAGCGACGAAGCAUCCUCGAGUCUCGAUGCAGCAAUCGACGAGUUGACCUUCAGUUCCAUUCAAAAAGCUGUCAAUACUGAUGUAUACUACCCCAAGGUCUACUGGGUUGAUGCUGGUCCGCGGACUUGGUUCGGCUUGGACGUCCCUGGCGGCCGAUAUUCGUACGACAACCCGGACUGCAUAUAUCGCACCAUCCCUAUCGACCACCGCCUCAGUUAUAUCGUCAAAGGGUAUCGGUAUUCACCAGGACCCACGGAUGUGACAUUCUCUCUGAUCAGCGACCCCAAUUCUCAGAACACUGUUACAAGCUUGUCCGGAAGCAAUUUAGUUGUCGACAGUGAUGGUUCUUACACUAUCACCAUCAAUAACUCAUCUGAGAACUCGACAAACCACAUUCAGUCAACCCUGUUGGCCAAACAACUCUUCAUCCGCAACAAUCUAGGAGACUGGACCACUGAAAAACCGGACAGCAUCUCCGUCCAACUCACCAGUGACGCGUCAGGCCAUACUCCCAUCAGCAAUGCAACAAUCCUCGCUGCUGCAAAGUGGAACUUGCAAGAAUCCAUCAUAGAUUAUGGCGUGGGAGCCCUAGGACUGAAAACAACGAUCAACGCAGUCAAUACGCUAUCGAGUCCUAGUCAAUCAAGCACCCUCGGCACAUUGACCAGUCAAGCAAGUUCAUUCGGCCACUAUAAGCUAGACGACGACGAAGCCCUUGUCGCGACUCUCACUCCAGGACCAGCGGACUAUUGGGUCUUUCCCGCGACAAACCCCUGGAUCAUCACCACGAACCCGGGAAAUAGCCAGGUCAGCCUCAAUAGCGUGCAGUCUGCUGCGAAUUCCAAUGGCACAUACACAUUUGUGGUCUCCCUGCAAGAUCCAGGCGUCUACAAUUGGAUUAAUACAACUGGGCUGCACGAGGGCACGAUGAUGGUGCGGUGGCAAGGUCUUCCUACGUCGUCCUCAUCUUCAACAGACUCACCAGCUAUUACGACCCAGGUGGUCACACUCGCUGAGCUUUCCUCUAUUCUUGCUGAUGGAACUCGCUUCGUAACGCCGCAAGAGCGAGCCGAGCAGCUUGCUCAGCGUGCCAAGGGAUAUGCCCAGAGACUAGAGUUCUAA